CAUAAAUAGUCCCCAAAUGUCCUCCAUUUCUGUCCAUCAUCAACCAACAAUCGCAUUCCACCUUGAACAUUUCACCAAUAAUCACCUCAGUCAAAGAACAUCUUCACCAUGGUUUCUUACUUCACUCGUCUCGCCGCGCUGGCAGCAGUCAUCCCUGCAAUCUUUGCUGCUCCUACUCCAGCGCAUCAUCUCAAGAUCCGCAAUCCCGAGGCAGCAGAUGUCGUCCCCGACUCCUACAUUGUCGUCUACAAUGACGAUGUGAACUCAACCAUGAUUGCCAGCCACGUUGCCUCGGUCAGCUCUAUGCUCUCCAAACGUGAUCUGACUGGAAUUGGAGCUACCUACGACAUGGACAUGCUGAAGGGAUACCAAGUCACUGCUGAUGCUUCUGCUAUUGCUGAGAUUGCUGCUUCCCCAGAGGUUGCCUACAUCGAGAAGGAUGCCAAAGUCUAUGCUUCAGCCCUGACUUCUCAGACCGAAGCUCCAUAUGGACUUGGCCGUAUCUCUCAUCGCAACCAAGACUCAACCACUUACAUUUACGAUUCUUCAGCUGGCAGCGGUAUCACUGUUUAUGUAGUUGACACUGGUAUCUACACCAGCCACAGUCAGUUUGGAGGACGUGCUACUUUCGGAGCAAACUAUAUUUCUGGCUCACCAAACACGGACGAGAACGGCCACGGUACUCACUGCUCCGGUACAAUCGCAGGUUCCACUUAUGGAGUUGCCAAGAAAGCCAACCUCGUCGCUGUCAAGGUCCUCGACAAGAACGGCUCUGGGUCCAACUCAGGCGUCAUCUCAGGUAUCCAAUGGGUCGGCAACAAUGCUGCCGCUCGCUCUGUCCUCAGCAUGUCCCUGGGAGGCUCCUACUCCUCAGCUGUCAACUCCGCCGUCCGCAGCGCCGUCAACAACGGUGUCACUGUCGUGGUAGCAGCCGGUAACGACAACGCCGAUGCAUCCAAUUACUCUCCUGCCUCCGAGUCCACCGCUAUCACUGUCGGUGCUAUUGAUGCUGACGAUAACCGAGCGAGCUUCUCGAAUUAUGGUUCUUUGGUUGAUGUCUUUGGUCCUGGUGUCAAUAUCCUUAGCUCUUGGAUUGGAAGCACGACUGCUACCAACACGAUCAGUGGAACCUCAAUGGCUACUCCUCACAUUGCCGGACUUGCGGCUUAUUUGAUUGCUCUGGAGGGGAUUUCGACGCCAGCUGCGGUACAGAGUAGGAUUAAGGCUUUGGCUACUAGUGGUAAGGUUGUCAAUUCUAAGAGUGCUAAUAACUUGAUUGGGUAUAAUGGAAAUGGCGCGUAAGAAGGAGUUUUAUUGCUUGAAGGAUAGAUGGAGGCCCUGAUUGGCUGAUGGGAGGAAUAUGGAGACUCAUUUGAAAGUAAAACAUUGGUUUGUCGUUGUGCUUGUUUCGGAUUUACUUUCGACUUGUUUAGGAUCCGAUCUUGGAGGGCAGAAGUUGAGCUCUUGCUUGAACGUUCAAGGCUAUGGUCUUGUUUGUUCGGAUUUUGGAUUUCGUACCGGAGGAUUAAAAAUGAAGUGCCUUUGCUUUUGUCC